AAAAGUCUAAGAAUAAUGAGCACGUCCAAAAUAAAGAAGCUCUUCGGGAAGUCGAAGUCCCUGGAGAAGGACAGCAGAGCCCGGGAGAAGCUCGGGAGCCCGCCGAGUCCGGAGCCCCAGAGCCCGGACGGUCUGGCCACGAGCCCCGCGGAGAAGAAGAAGAGGCGCUUCGGCUCAUGGAGGACCAAGAAGAAAUCGCCCAGAGAGACCAGAGACCCUCUGUUUCUCACCAACACCGACGACUUCGACACAAUAUCGAGCCAAAUGAGCUUUGACCAGCUCAGCAUCCGCACAGAGGACAACAUGAUGAUGGCUGACACCUGGUCCACUGUCCCUUCAGAGGUGACCUCAGUGAUGAGUCUGGAUCUGUCGUCCUCCACCCCGACCUCCCCCACCCGACGCCUUAGAAAGAGCUCAAGCGAAAAGGGAACCGUGCUGAGCCGGGUCACGACAUUCUUCUCGAAGAAACGAAAGAGCAGGACUUCGUCCAGGGAAGCAGAUGAAAAUGUGUCCACAGCGACCAGCCCAGACAGCCCAGAGGCGUCCGCAGGCAUUCUGAGGCAUUCUUCGGGUAGCUCAGAGGGAGAACAGGUGUUUGUUUCCGAGGUCAGGCUCAAAGGAAGUCCCAGCGUCCGCAGCGUGGCCUCCAUCAUCACGGAUGGAGGAGACCUGCCGUUCGCCGACAGCGAGAGCAGCAGCCGUGGCAGCGUGAGGGAGGUGACCCGGCCGCAGAGCGCUGAAGACCAGAGCGCCAAGCGUCUAGUAACGGAGGUCAGUAAGAAAUUGCAGGUGUUCCUGCAGGAGACCAGUGUGACCAACGGAGAAGAGCAGCAGAUCACGCAAACGACGUUUAAGAAAUGUGUCGAGAUUCCUGUGAAGAGCCCCUGUGAACGCAAGUCUCCAGCUUUCGCAGGGGGGACGGACAUUAAGAAGACCGCUCUGAAACCCGUAUUGGGAACUAAAGGAAAUUACACCGCCCUAACUGGGGUCACACUCAGCUCCGUGUCCAGAAACCUAUCGAGCUCUGAGAGUUCUUCGGAGCAGGGGGACGGUGACAGCAUGGGGAAACGAAACUCAGGCCGCAGGAGGUCCCGCAAGCUGAGCGAUGGCUCUCGCGAGGUGCUCAGCCCGACCAAAGCCUCGUCCCCUGAGGUGGAGGAGGGGUCCAGCCAGGCCUCGCCCUCGCCCCUGCAGCUGCACAAAGCCAUGUUGGUGGAAACGCACAUGGAAGAGGAAGAGAGCGACUCACCUACUCUGGCCACGCCCGUUGCAGACAGCCCAGGUGAGAGCUCAUCUGUGCAGGGGACGGACAUCAGCAGUGCCCCCGUCCUUCCGCUUGCAGCAGGUUCUGAGCCAGAGUUGUCUCAGGCCUCAGUGGAGCUAAAACCUGGCACAGCAGAGCCAGCAGAACCUCUCAGCGGCGUGGAGGAGGUCAUAACUGAAAAGCGCAGGAGCGUGAAGCUGUCCACGAGAGAGAAGUACUUUGCAAAGAAAGUCUGGGUCUCCUCACAGACAAGUUUGAACGCAGAGGAAGACGACACACCAGACGCGAGCUCGGAUGUAACCUCUCGAGGCCAACAGAAAUCUGAAGUGAGAAUUCUGCCAAACCUCAAGAACGUCAGUGUGGAAAUCAAGCAGCCUAAUCAGAAGUCAUACGACUCUGUAGGAGAAGAGGAAGCUAGCACAGAGCAACUUGAUGAGGAUGUAGAGAGCCUGACAGAACCUUCUAAUAACAUUGUAGACACUCAAGAGGAGUCUCAGUUGACAGAAAUGCCUUUAUCCAAGGGACAGUUCAGGGUUGUGGCAAGCAGCCGACAAACCUCAGCUUCAGUGUCCAGGCGUGUGGAGAAAACGGGCAGUGGAUCAAAUGAAGAGAGUACUGGAAAGAGCUCAGCCCCACCAGUGGCGGCGAAAACAAAAGCUGCCAUGGGUCAAGUUACAAAUUACACAGAGGCCCCAAAGGAAGAAAGCAGAAGAAAGGCUGCCCAAAACGGCAGUAAAUCACCCACAACAAGGGAGCAGCCUACUGCAUUCAGUAAGCCCUCUGACAAGUCAAAAAUUCCUAAGAAGACCGCCCCCGAGGUACCACCAAAACCAAAGAAAGAUCUACAAACAAGCACGUCACCCGAUGCAUCAGUGUCCUCUCCGCUUCAGACACAUGAGAUGGCACAGGCAGAGGGUGGUACAUUCAGCUCAGGUAAUACUGUUACAAAACCCCACUCACCACUGCCAUCUGGUAAAAGUGAAACCAGGUCACCUGUUAAGGAUGAGGUAAGCGUGGCUACUCGAGGUUUAGAGGCUAACCAAGCACCACAGUCUCCUCACACUACAGAGCAAGAGCCGAAGAAAAGAAAGUGUUCAAAAUCCCUGAGCACUGAGGACAAAACUGACUCUUCUCCUACUGGUUUGGAGAAACUUAAAGAACUCAGUGACUCCAAGGAAGGUGUGAAGUCUAAAAUACAAUCACAAACUUCUACUGAAAAGCCUUUGAGCCCCAAGAGCAAGUUGCCGAAAAGCUCGGAGCAACCUUCAGUCAGAAAGAGCACGGAGUCCAGACUCAAAUCAACAGACUCUGUUAAUAAAAGCCCUAAAUCUGCCAACAAAACUGAAAGAGACGACAUGCCUCUCUCCCCCUCAGAGAAGAGCAGCAUACAGGCCACAAAUGAAACCCACAUCACCAAGACAAAGACUCCAAAAAAACACAAAGCCGAAGCAUCACCAACGGGAAGUAAACUGCCUCGUUUAACCCCGCCCAGUGCUCCAAAACAGCCCCUGGAGGAAGAAGUUGACUAUGGAGAAGAUGACUCACUCAAACAACCCUUGCACACUGAUGCCAAGCUAGAGCGUGAUGAUGAUUCAUCCUCAGUCAACGGUCCUCUAAGUCCUGGACAGAGGGCUGAACGUGACCAAACUGCUGGGAAUGCUGUGGUGAAGGCCUCACCAGAAGCUAAACCGAAAAGGCCCGUGAAGGAGCUGAGCGAUUUUCCAACAGCGGGCAGCAGUAUUCCAGCGCCACGUCAGAAAAGUCCCUCUAAACUUAAACAUAGAAAAGAGGUGGAAAAAGGAAAAGUACAACACAUUGUAGAGUCUCAGACUCCGGCUGAAGUUUCAGAACAGAGUGUGGACAAAGCAGAAGAAAGGACUACGGAGCGCAUGGAGCAUGCUACAGACUUGCAAGCGACUGAAGAGAAAAAGGAGACCUCUGUAGAACUUGCUGUGGACUUGGGAGCAUCAGCUCUAGUGAAGGAACAGAAAACGAACAAGGACGAAGAGAUUCAGAUUGUGAGAGUGACAACUACUGAGAGCACUGCAGACGUGAAGACUCCAACUCAAGCAGCUGAACAGAAAAUGGGUAACGUCAAAGACAAGCAGAGUGCAACUACGAUGUUCACUGAACAUGCUGCAGCCUUAAAGAGUCCACCACAAACAUCUGAAGCUGAAGAAGUGCAGAAUGUGUGCAGUAAGACUGUAAAACAUACGGCGCCAGCUCAGGUGCCUGAACAGAAAAUGGAUAGAAAGAAAGAGACGCAGUGUGAGAGCAUGAACUCUGAGCAUACUGCUGACUUGAAGGCUCUGUCUCGGACUUCUAAACGAGUAGCUGCAGACCUGAGGACUCCAAUUCAGGUAUCUGAAGCUGACAAAGCUGAAGAAAUGCAGAGUAUCAAGGCUAAAAAUGCUACUGCAGAUUUGCAGACCUCUAAACGUACGAUGGACAAGGCCAAACAAAAGGAGAGACAGAGGACUAUUGAAGACACUGCAGACUUGAAGACUCCACCUCAAGCAUACAAACACGAAGCUGAACAGAUGCUUAAAAUGAGUAAUAAGAUUGUUGAGAGUACUGAAGACUUGAAGACACCACCUCAAGUAUCUGAACAGAAAUUGGGAAAGCCCAAAGGUGAGAAGAGCGCUGAGCAUACUGCAGAUUUGAAGAUUCCACCUCUAGCAUCUGAACAGAAAGUGGAAAAGCCUAAAUGCAAAAAGAGCUCUGAGUAUACUGCAGAUUUGAAGACUCCACAGCUAAAAUCUGAACAAGGGUCUAACGAAGCAAAAGAGAUGCUGAAAAUGAGUAAUAAGACUGUUGAGAGUACUGCAGACUUGAAGACACCACCUCAAGUAUCUGAACAGAAAGUGCAAAAGCCCAAAGGUGAGAAGAGCACUGAGCAUACUGCAGACCUGAAGACACCACCUCAAGUAUUUGAACAGAAAGUGGAAAAGCCCAAAGGUGAGAAGAGAUCUGAGCAUACUGCAGAUUUGAAGACUCCACAGCUUGAAUCUGAACAGGGCACUAACAAAGCCAAAGAGAUGCUGGAAAUGAGUAAUAAGACUGCUGAGCGUACUGCAGACUUGAAGACUCCACCUCAAGUGUCUGAACAGAAAGUGGAAAAAGCCAAAGGGGAGAAGAGCACUGGACUUGCUGCAGAUUUGAAGACCCCACCUCUUACAUCUAAACAGGACACAAACCAAGCCGAAGACAUGCUGAAAACAAGCACUAAGUCUGCAGAGGAUACUGCAAGCUUAAAAAGUGCAUCGCAAAUACCUGUUCAGAAAAUGGACAAGGCUGAUGAAAAGCAGCAAGUAAGUGCGAAACCCGAGGAAUGUGCUGCAGACUUGCAAACUCCAACUCAAACGUCUGAAAAGAAAUCAGGCCUGGUCAAAGACAAGCAGAUAAGAAAUCUAAAGACCAUUGAACAUGCUCAUGAGUCUAAAAAGGAAGUGGAAGAGCCCAAAGAGAUGCAGAAUGUGAUUGUUAAAUCAAUAGAGGAUACGGCAGACUUGAAUACCACAUGUCACGUACCCGAAAAGAAGCUGAAGAAGACCGGAGAACCACAGAGUCUGACCAUGUUGACCACAACUUCAACACAGAAGGAGAGCACAGCUAGUGUAUUGGCUGGUAAUUCAACACAAGACCGUGCUGAAGCGAUUGCUGUGGAGAAGUCUGAUCAAGUUGAAACCAAAGCAGCGCCAGAAAAAAAUGUUUAUCAAGUGACAAAAUCAGAAGGAGAAGCAUCAACAGAUACUACUGUCCAAGCAGAUAAGCCCAACGCAAAACCAGAUCUUGUCAAAGAAGAGGAAACUCCUCCAGGAACAUCUGUCACAGGUAAGGACAGACCCACUGCUAAAAAGACUGAUGGAAUGUCGCUCAAACCAGAAGCCAGUGGCCACACAAAAGCCAAAGAAAUUGAAACUAAAAGCUCUGAGCAAUCUGAGAGACCACAGGAAACAGCCUCUCCGGUAUUACAGGAGGGUGUAUCGAAGACCUCUCAUCAAGCUGAGGGCGAAGAACAAAAGGACGUUAUAGUAAAUGGUAUUGCAGUGAAAGCAGAAACCCUGUCGAAAACUACAGCAGCUGUGGUUCAAAUUGAGGAAGCUGGUCACGAGGAGGCGAGCGUUGAUACGUCUGUUCGAGACAGCAGAGAUGAGCAAAAAGUGUUACAGAAGCCAUCUGAUACAAGAAAAGCUCAUGAUGCACUUAAACCACUAACCCCAAAAUGUAUCAAGAAGGACGAUAUUCCUGUGAAGAAACCAGUUACCAAGGCAGCAGCUGAAGAUAAAUGUCCUCAAACUUAUUCAAACUUAGUUCCUGAUCAGGAAGCUGCAACAGCUAAGGUAGUUGGGCAACCAGUUUCGGAUAAGAUGAGCUUCCACAUGGAUAAAAAGAGUGAAGCUAUGACACCCAGCACUCCUGAUAGUAUGAAAACCAAACAGAAACAUAAAGCUGAUCUCACAAAAUCUAAUAAAACUGGGUUAGUAUUUGAUGCACUCAAACUGCCCACACCAACCAAUAAAUCUCAACAAAUUACAGCCCAUGACCUUCCACUGGGCUCUAAAAGCCUGUCCAAAAGUAAGGAAGCUCCAUCGAGCUGGCUGGAUGUGGACCAAGGAUUCGAGAAGAAGCAAAGCAAGGUGGAACGAAAAAUGAACUGUUCAGCAAGCGAUGAUAGCCUGUUGGAGACAUCCGAUGAUUCUGAAGACUUCAUUCGCAAGAUCAAAGAGCUCUGCUCCCCGUUCUCCUACCCCCCCAAAAAACAUGGCCAGACCAGGAUGAUGACGCCUGCUUUUGCUCUGCCUGCCAUCAAAGAAGAUCAUUUCGAGAAGACCUUUGACCCUGAGGAGUUCAAGUUCGGGAUGCGGAAGACCACGGGCCCGAAAGAUCCAUCUCCAGCUAUGAUGAUCAAAAGGAAAAACGAGGAAGCAAGGAACAAGCAGCCUUCAAAGCGUUUGGGGACUGAAGACAGCUUUCUCUUCAAGGCACUCUCCUCCCGACGGGGACAAGACAAAAAUGACGAAGGAAAGGCAGCCGAGGAGAAGGAAAAAGAGGAAGACCAAAGCACCACCAAUGAUUCUGGGAAGAUGUCGUCGCGGUUAGAAAGAAUGUCUAUCUUAUCCAACCUAAUGAGUUCUUCCAAGACUUUAAGAAGGACCCAAACUGAGCCUGAUGCUCUUACAAAUGGAACAGUAUCACCGACUUCUCCAUCCCAACAAGUUCUAACACCGGGUGAGAAGAGCCCAGUGACGCCAUCUGAAGCUGUCCAGCCACCAAAGGGGGCUGAAGGGAACUUGACAGAUCAAGGUAUGCUUGUGGGUGGGUCUGGUGAGUCUCUAAAGAGUCCUUCUACUCCUCCUCUUCCUCCUCCUGCUCCCAACUUUUCAGAAGUCAAGCUUCCUGAUUACCUGGAGAAGUAUCUGAAGAAAGACAGGGAAACCACUGCAAAUAGUUCCCAAAGCCCAGAAACGCUUUCCCUCUUCCCAGCAACGGAGGUGACUGUCAGCCCUGAGGCAUUAGGAGGGAAACCAGCCAGUGUGGGCCAAAAGAGCCUGCCAGAGCCCCCAGAACCAGCCUCUCAGCAAAAACCACAAGCCCCACAGACCAAACUACCACCUCCAACAUGCACACAGAUAACAACAGUAAGAGGCUUUCAUAAACGCCCUGGAAAGCUGGUCAUCUUUCAGCAAGCCCAGUUUGUAGGAGAGGCCUAUGAGGUGUUCAGGGAUGUAGAGGACGCCACCUCAUUACAGCUCUCCCCCAUCAUCUCUCUCAAGGUCGUCAGAGGAUGCUGGCUGCUUUAUGAAAAGCCGGGAUUCCAGGGACGAACCGUUGCCCUAGAAGAGGGGCCAACUGACGUGGUUAACGAGUGGGCGGAGAUAGAUCCUGGCCAGGAGGUUGGGCCAAACGGAAUACCACUCCCAACCAAGCCCAUGGUGAUUGGUUCCAUACGACUGGCUGUGAGGGACUACAGUCUGCCUAAGAUAGAGCUGUUUGCAGAGCCGAAUGGAUUGGGGCGAGUGUCUUCGUUCUGUGACGACGCCGUCGAGGUCUGUUCGUACGGACUUCCACAGAGCACCGGGUCCAUCAAGGUCCACUCCGGAGUUUGGAUGGUCUUCAGUGAUCCAGGCUUCCAGGGCUUGCUGUCUGUGUUGGAGAUGGGGGAGUAUCCCUGUCCUGAGUCUUGGGGGUUCCCUGCUCCCUUCGUCGGAUCAUUGCGGCCACUUAAAAUGGGUGGUAUAAAAGUGGAGAAUCCCAAUGAAGUCAAGGCCGUGUUGUAUGAGGAGCCUCUGUUUGGAGGCGCUAGCAUGGAGAUCGAUGGAGACAUCUUUGAGAUUGGAGAUGGAGAGGAAGAGGAGAAACAGACAGAGAAAGAUGCUGAGGAAGACGGCGAGAGUGCAGACCUCUCCUCAGCCACCCAGACGAAGAAGCUGACGUCCAUUGGCUCUAUGAAAAUAGUCAGCGGCCUAUGGGUGGGCUAUACAGAGCCGGGCUUCGAGGGCCGGCAGUAUGUGUUGGAGGAGGGUGAAUAUGUCGACUGCUCUGAUUGGGCAGGAGAGGGCGAGAUGUUGCGCUCCGUCAGACCUGUACAUGCUGAGUUUGUGUCUCCUCACCUGAAGCUGUUCAGUGAGAGGGACUUUUCGGAUAGGAGCCUGAAUGUGGACCUUCUGGGACCCGUCAUGGCCAUGGAGGAAACCAGCUAUGGCAUCAAGUGCCAAUCAGCAGAUGUCCUGUCUGGAGUAUGGGUGGCGUUUGAGAACGCUGCGUUUUCCGGUGAGCUGUACGUUCUGGAGAAGGGUCUGUACGGAAGCCCGGAGGACUGGGGCGCUCGAAACCACAAGAUUUCCUCCCUCCAGCCUGUGUUUCUGGAUCAGACAGGAGGGCUGCCUCGAUUUAAGAUCCAGUUGUUCUCUGAGCCUGGCUUCCAGGGAGACGUUGUGGUUCUAGAGGAGAGUUUGGCAUUCCUGCCAGACGGGUUCUGCCCUCGCUCCUGUAAGGUUCUAGCUGGGAACUGGGUGGCGUUUGAAGGGUCUCAGUUUACAGAGAACAUGUACGUACUGGAGGAAGGAGAAUACAAAGACGCUGAGGCUAUGGGCUGCCUGAGACCGGACUGUGCCCUCCGCUCGCUGCACACUGUAGGACAUGAGUUUUCUCUUCCCUCGAUCACUCUCUUCUGUAAGCCGAGCUUCAGGGGGCGUAAGGUGGUGUUGACAGACGGAGCCAUCAGCCUAUCGCUGGCUGGGAUUGAUGGGCGGAUCCAGUCCCUGUUGGUGAACGGAGGAAUGUGGGUUUUAUAUGAAGGGAAGAACUUUCAUGGUCGUCAGAUUUUACUCCAGCCCAGUGAAAUUGGCGACUGGCGGAAAUUCAGUGGCUGGCAACAUAUCGGCUCUCUACGUCCAUUACUGCAGCAGAAGCCUGUGUAUUUCCGCUUGCGCAGCGCAGAGACCGGGUGUGUGAUGUCCUUGUCCGGGCCGCUGGACGACAUAAAGCUGCUGAGGGUGCAGGUACUGGAUGAGAACGGAGGAGAUGAACAAGUCUGGCUCUACCAGAAUGGACUGCUGAGCUGCAAGUUUGUGGAAGAUUGCUGUCUGGAGCCGUCGGGCAGUGUGAUGAUGGCGGGUGGGCGACUCAGCGUUUCCCCUGAACCCGGCAAAGACAAUCAGUUCUGGAACAUCACAGCGGACGGUCUCAUACGCUCCAGCCUCAAGCCUGAACUGGUGCUGGAGGUUAAAGGUGGUCAGCAGUAUGAUAAAAACCAGGUGAUUCUGAACACGUUUGACGAGAUGAAGACCAACCAGAGGUGGACGGUGGAACUACUAUAAUUGCUGGACAUAUACCUGACUGACCUCCAACUGUGAGGCGAAGCCUAAGGAAAGCAGUGCAAUAUCUCCAGUUGUGGGCCCUGUGGUGGCUAUACAGAACAAUUUAAACCAUUACAGUAGGUCCUAUUGCAGAGCUCUUCAAAUGGCUUUGAGAACAGAGUUCGAGAGGAACGCCGCAUGCCAGGCCGCAUGUCGGGAGGCUGCAGAGACGUCACCGACGUCCAAGGACUACAUCAAGGUUGUUCAAGAAAUCUUGUUAAUGUAGGCUGUAAAGACUUUUCUAGUAAUAGCCUGAGUUUGUCCUGUUUUCAGGCUCUUUAAGUUCCCUUAAGAAUAUUCUUUUUUUAAGCAUUCAGAGUCCAGUAUUCCCAGUGGACCUAAAGCCCUGCAGUAAAUGAAUGUCACUUAUGUAAUACCUCAAUAUGGCCACUGGUGGCACUCAAACACCACUUUAUGUGUAUGGACCUGUCUGGGAGGCUGGAGCUUUCUCAAAAAACAUGCACCUGGUAAUGAAUUAGUAACCUGCCCCUGACUAGAAGCAGUCAUUUCCCCGCUACUCCACCCAUGUGUCAGUGUUAUACUUAAUGAGGUAUAUGACAAAAUCAAGACUAGUAAAAUCUGUUCUGUGUUCUCGUCCCGUUUCCUUUAGAAAGUGCCUUACUCUAUUUGCAGUUGUUACACUCCAUGGUUUACUUCCAUAUAUGAAAUGUGUCUUGUUGUAUAUUUUCUAAAGCUGUAAAGAUAACCAUUACAUUUUAUUACGAAUAAAAUGUUUUAUUUCCCUGA